CUUUGUUUUGUUGUAGCGAAAAUACUUCCCCAAGUAGUUCUGGCAAUAAGAAGCAGAAAAGGCCUUGUAUACGGACCCCACUUCAGACUCCAACGCCCAUCAGACAGUAGAAUGGUGGUCAGUCUAGGGGACCACAGGAGGUGCCCUGUGCCCCCUCUGAUGCCUACCCUGACCUGCCUGGCUCACUCACCUCCCUGCUCCUGGCUGCUGGCACUGCUCCUUGUCCUCUCCGGAGUUUCUGAGCAGAGCAAGGGGAGUAAAUGGCAGGUGCUGCAGCCCGAGGGCCCCAUGCUGGUGGCAGAAGGGGAGACACUCCUGCUGAGAUGUACAGUAGUCGGCUCCUGCACUGAUGACAUGAUAAAGUGGGUCAAGGUGAGCAACCAGGACCAGCAAGAAAUUUACAACUUCAAGCGUGGCUUCUUCCCCGGGGUGAUGCCUAUGAUCCAGAAGACGCUGGAGCCGCUUAAUUGCGACUAUUCCAUCUAUAUCCACAAUGUCACCAGGAAACAUGUUGGAACCUAUCACUGUGUGAGAUCUGCUGGCUCAAGUGAGCACUCAGGAAAGACGCUGGAUGGAGGCACCUCUGUGCUUGUGAAGGGACCUGGGAGCACAGGGCCAGACCUCUGGAUCAUCCAACCCCAGGAAUUGGUGUUGGCAACCCCUGGAGACACCGUCUUUCUGAAUUGCACAGUGCUUGGAGUUGGUCCCCCAGGACCCAUCAGGUGGUUUCGGGGGACUGGUCUGAGCCGGGAGGCCAUCUACAACUUCAGAGGCAUCUCCUACUCCAACGUGACUGCGGUCCAGGCCUCCAACAAUGAUUUCAGCAUUCUUCUGCGUAGCAUCUCCACUGAGCAUGCAGGAACUUACUAUUGUGUAAAGUUUCAGAGUAAACUCAACAGGCAGUACCUAUCCGGACAGGGCACCAGGUUGAGAGUCAAAGCAAAUCACACUUCUCGCAAAGAGUCAGAAUUCACCAAGGAACAUACAACCAAGGUAUUUCCAUCAGGGCUCCUGUCUGCCCUCACACUUGCAAUCCUGGGACUGAAAACAGUGACCUUGGCUGCACUCUUGCUGGCCCUGAUUAUCUGCUGGAGAAGCCCUUGACAAGAAGACAUCAGAACUCCAGGCCCAGAAGUGGUGUGCUCGUCUUAGCAUGGGUCAUGGAUGACUGGUCAGCCCUAGAGUGGGUCCCCUAAGAGAGGGCCCAGGAAUCCCUGAUCAUUUCUCUGCCUCCCAGCUGCCCAGCUGCCAGUUGCCCUCCCAGCUGCCUUCAAGCCUCACGAUGAACUCCAGGAUCCUGAUUCCUGUUCACCUGGUGAAAUUCUCUAUUUGGCACUGGGCUCCCCUCUGUUUGCUUUUGUCUCACUGUAUUUCACUGUUUGCUGAACCCAGGGUAGACAAGGUGCGAGCUAAGAGGCUGGAAGAAGAUGCGAGGAGCCAUAGGAACUGUAGACAUGUUUAUUCUCUCCUCUUGUGGCUGACCCAGCAGACAAAGCUCUAAUGCAGCCUCACUACCAUAAUGUUAGCAGCCGUAACAUAGUCCCGAGGGCUUUCUCAGGUAGAGUCUAUAUAUGCUUACAGAACAAACGUAGCCCGUGGCCGAGAGAGUACCUCCUGACAUGCAUGUGCAGUACUGCAAGGGACCUCAGCAGUUACGUAAUUGUUAUUUACAAAACGUGGGGCAAGAGUGAGAGGAUGUGGGGUGAGGGAGCCUGAUCCCUCCAUCUUCACCACUUUGCUCUUUCCCUACAGCCUUCCUUUCUCUUCUCAGCCUGUUCAAACUCUCCUUGUCUUUUAAGGUCUUGCCCAGGUCUCUCCCGAGGCCUCUGCUCCUGUUGCAGCCUCUUUUGGAGGGCCCACCCCCUUGCUCCCCACCCUACAUUUUCUCUUCCUUCAAGAUCCAACUUGACAGUCCUUCCCAGAAGGUUUCCCUAAGUGACUCUGAGCUGGCCCAGCCAGACCACCUGUGCCCCUCCAUCUAUAUCCUUUCUUCCUCUUUUUCUCCCUACUUUCUUUCUUCACCCUGGCUGGCUUAGGUGGCUAUAAUAGUUAGAAUUCAGGUUUGGCAACUUUGACAAAACUGUUAAAUCAGAAGAAAGUAGCUCAAAUCAGAAGAAAGUUGGUUCCUCUAGUAAUAUUUGAACAUAAACAGGCCAGGCAAUUUGGGGACUCCUUGAGACCCAGGAUUCUUUGAUCUUGUUGAUACCAGGUCCAUAUCUCAGGCAGAAAGACCAGGGAAGAGGAGAAUGACACUUCCCUUCAAGGUCGCAGCUAGGAAUUGGCCCAUAUCACCUCUGACUGGUUGGAAUGUGGUCAUUUGGUCACACCUAGCUGCAAGGAAGGCUGGAAAUGUAGUCCUUAUUCUAGCAAGAGUGCUCCUAGCUAAAAUCUGUCACUAGAGAGCCAGAGAGUAAAGCUCAGAAGAUGACCAGCAAUCUCCACCCCUGUGACAUAGAGAUAGCGUACUUGCUGUAUGGCACACCUGAGUUCCAUUCCCAGGUGAAAUGGCACCUCUUUGUACCUCUGCCUCCACUAGGGUAGCACAGUGGAGGGUAGUAGUUCUAAAGAAAAGGACACUUUGCCCCCCAGGGGAUACGUGGCGAUGUCUAGAGACGUUUUUGGUUGUCAUAACUUGGGGGGAGACUGUUGCCCUCUAAUGAGUAGAGGUCAAGGAUGCUGCUAAAUGCACAGGACAGACCCCACAGCCAAGAGUUAUCUGGCCCAAAGUAUCAGUAGAACCGAGAAGCCCUGAUGUAGUGGAAAGCAUGCAUUCCCUGGAAUCAGACAUGCCCGAUUUCUAAUCCUGAAGCGCUCACUCCCUCCUUGUGCACCAUUGAUAACUAAUCAGUCACUGCCCCUCUUGGAACAUGGAGGAAAAUAACGUGGACUUCUGCAUUGUACAAGAAACAAUUCAACAUCGAGGGCUGACUGUGAACUGAAGGCUUACUAUGAGCUGUGUGUUCUGUGUACACUCAGUACAUGUGAACUCCCUUUUCUCUUUUCAUACAAACAUUUGUAGGUGCUAAUGGGUUAGUCUGAAUGUUUUUCAUUGUAACAAACAGAAAAGUAGGUGGAACAACACUAAGCCAACACAUUUAGCCUGAGUGCUUCGUGCCAGUUUCAGCAUAGGGAUAACCAGUGCUGUAGCUGGAUCAGCUCCUGUAGUUCUUAUUAUGAGUGCAAGAUGCCCUUCAGCAAUACCCAUCAGGGAACUUUGAAGAACUAGAGGUUUAUUACUUUACAAGACCUGGAAGUUACACAGAAUUCCUGGGGCCACACUGUGAGGUCACAAGGGAAAAACAGAGAGGGAACACCUGGGGUUCUGUUUUAUUGGGGUUGAUGAUUUUUGUGGGCUCACUCUUUCUUGGUAAAUUUAAAACUUAAGAGCAGGAAUUUAAAGCCCAGGAAGAAGAAAAGAAAUAGUAGCUCAAAUGAUCGGUUAUUGAAAUCAACCAAGACGUCUAAAACAAAGGAAACUCAGUGGGGGAAGAUGGCCUGACUAUUUAGCCCUGUGACUGGCAGUGUGUUCAGAAAUAAACACAUUGAAGGGGAUGCCUCUUUGAAAUGGAUGUCUCAGCAAUCAAAACUUAAAUCAGACGAUAGCAUUACAAAAAAAAAAAAA